ACAUGAUUUUUUUUGCAAAGAAUUCUUUAUUUGUGGCUGUUCCUUCCAAGCACUUGGAAGAUCCAAGCAAGAAUAGGCGACGAUAGCCUUUCGUCUAGAAAAAUUCGUUUAGGUCGGAGACACUGUGAACUGGCAACGAAAAAGGGCUCGCCAACCUGAACCAGUUGAGACAUACUCCUUAAAAGAAUAUUUCAUUGCAUUGUGAUAACAAUCAGCAAGAUGCUAAGUAAACCUCGCAAAGGGCAGAAGCUGUUAAAUCUCUUUACUUCACUUUCCCGCCUUUGGUUACGUUCUCAACUCGCAAGUAGAAUUUUGCACCAUCCUUUCAUCGAAGGUUGGGAAUCUCGCUCAGUACCACAUUGAGAUAGCCAUGCUGAUUACGUCUGCUUUUUCGUUGAACAUCAAUACUUUGCCCUUAAAGCUUUCGAGUUUUCAACAGCGCCUAUCUUGUAUCUCACGUUUGAUACGAAAGAGAUUUGUUUUCAAAAUCUCUCCAGUAGUGGCCAGUAGUUCUAGCACUAGUAGAAGGCAAAGUCAGGCAAUACCUUUCUUGAAGGCUCCUCCUUCCUUGGAUGGUACUAUGGUUGGGGACGUUGGCUUUGAUCCAUUAGGAUUUUCAACUAUCAUUGAUCUUCGAUAUCUUCGAGAGUCAGAGCUGAAGCACUGCAGGAUAGCCAUGCUAGCUGUUGUAGGCUUCAUUGUUCAAGAAUUUAUUCAUUUACCCGGAGAUUUGUUUUCUAAUCCUCAUCCAAUGCAAGCGAUAGGACAAGUUCCUAUCUCAGGAUGGAUACAAAUAUUUCUUCUCGUUGCUAUUUUAGAGAUGAUAGACAUAGCUGCCAUAAAGGAAACUCUUCAAGGGAAUAGAGAGCCAGGCUAUUUCGGCUUCGACCCUUUGGGACUUGCGAAGGACAAACAGGCUCAUGACAGAUAUCUUUUAUCGGAACUGAAAAACGGAAGGCUUGCCAUGAUAGCAAGCAUCGCAUUCAUGAUUCAGAGCUCUCUAUCCAGUGAAGGGAUAAUUGCACAACUAACACAUCUCAAACUACCAUUUUAAGGGUAUGUGUAAACGGGU